GUGUUGACAGCGGCGGCAGUGCAGCGGGGCCGGGCGGCGGGAGUGGCGCCUCCGGUUCCUGCCCCGCGACCCGAGGCGGCGGCGGCGGGGCCCGGCGGCCCGGGAUGGCUUCAUGGAGAAGCCGCCGGCCGGCAAGGUGCUACUGGACGACACGGUGCCGCUGACAGCAGCCAUCGAGGCGAGCCAGAGCCUGCAGUCCCACACGGAAUAUAUCAUUCGGGUGCAAAGAGGAAUUUCUGCAGAAAAUAGCUGGCAGAUUGUUAGAAGAUACAGUGACUUUGAUUUACUGAACAACAGCUUGCAGAUUGCAGGAUUAAGUCUACCUCUUCCUCCCAAAAAAUUGAUUGGAAACAUGGAUCGUGAAUUCAUAGCUGAGAGGCAGAAAGGUCUUCAGAACUAUCUCAAUGUUAUCACCACAAAUCAUAUUUUGUCUAAUUGUGAACUGGUUAAGAAGUUUCUAGAUCCAAACAACUAUUCUGCAAACUACACUGAAAUUGCCUUACAACAGGUUUCCAUGUUCUUCCGAUCUGAGCCAAAGUGGGAGGUGGUGGAGCCGCUGAAAGACAUAGGCUGGAGGAUAAGAAAGAAAUAUUUUUUGAUGAAGAUUAAAAAUCAACCAAAGGAACGACUAGUCUUAAGCUGGGCUGACCUUGGCCCGGACAAGUACUUGUCAGAUAAAGAUUUUCAGUGUCUAAUCAAACUUCUGCCUUCCUGUUUGCACCCUUAUAUCUAUCGGGUUACCUUUGCCACUGCUAAUGAAUCGUCUGCAUUGCUCAUCAGGACAUUUAAUGAAAAAGGAACUUUGAAGGAUCUGAUUUACAAGGCAAAACCAAAGGACCCAUUCUUAAAAAAGUACUGCAACCCUAAGAAAAUUCAGGGCCUUGAACUCCAGCAAAUAAAAACAUAUGGACGACAGAUUUUAGAGGUAUUGAAGUUUCUACAUGACAAGGGAUUCCCUUAUGGGCACCUUCAUGCCUCCAACGUGAUGCUAGAUGGGGACACUUGCCGACUCCUAGACCUCGAGAAUUCCUUGCUGGGCCUGCCUUCCUUCUACCGAUCCUACUUCACACAAUUCAGGAAAAUCAAUACAUUGGAAAGUGUGGAUGUCCACUGCUUUGGCCACUUACUGUACGAAAUGACUUAUGGACGACCUCCAGACUCAGUGCCUGUGGAUUCCUUUCCUCCUGCGCCGUCCAUGGCUGUGGUGGCCGUGUUGGAGUCUACGCUGUCUUGUGACGCCUGUAAAAAUGGCAUGCCUACCGUCUCCCGGCUCUUACAGAUGCCAUUAUUCAGUGAUGUUUUACUAACCACUUCUGAAAAGCCACAGUUUAAGAUUCCCACAAAGUUAAAAGAGGCAUUGAGAAUUGCCAAAGAAUGUAUAGAAAAGAGACUAAUUGAAGAGCAGAAACAGAUUCACCAGCAUCGAAGACUAACAAGAGCUCAAUCACAUCACGGAUCAGAAGAAGAAAGAAAAAAGAGAAAGAUUUUAGCUCGGAAGAAGUCGAAACGAUCUGCCAUUGAAAAUAGUGAAGAGUAUUCAGCAAAGUACAGCAACUCCAAUAAUUCAGCAGGAUCUGGGGCCAGCUCACCUCUCACAUCCCCGUCAUCGCCAACUCCACCCUCUACAGCAGGGUGCACUGCUGGGCCUGUGCAGUUAAACACUGCUCGGCUUGUAUGGAAGGAACCCUGAGCCAGGCACAGAGGUGCACGCCUGUGAUCCCAGCCACUCAGGAGAGUGAGACAGGAGGAUCCAAAGUUUGAAGGCCAGCCUAGGCAACUUAGCCAAGACCCUUAUCAAAAUAAAAAAUAAAAAGGACUCUGGGGAUGUAGCUCAGUGGUAGAACACUCCUGUGUGAUUGAUAAAUAAAUAAGAACCCCAUAUAUAGAGUCAAGAAACCUGAACUGAGCCCUAGCUCUAUAACUUGCCUGCUGUGACCUUGGACAAAUAAUUUCCACUCUUUGAUGCUGACUUUUUUUUGUAUCAGGGAUUGAACCCAGGGUCGCUUUACUGGCUGAACCAUGUCCCCAGCCCUUUCAUUAUAUAUUUUUGAUUUAGAGACAGGGUCUUGCUGAGUUGCUUAGGGCCUUACUAAGUUGCUGAGGCUGGCUUUGAAUUUGCAAUCUUCCUGCCUCAGCCUCUCGAACCACUGGGAUGACAGGCAUGUGUCACCACGCCUGGUUUCAACUCCAGAAAACUGGAGGAAGAAAAGCAGAGCCUCAUGAGCACAAUCAAUCACUAGGAGCUUAAAGAACAGGAAGGAAGGUGAAGGAUUAAUGAGAAGGAAAAGAAGACUUAAGGUACAAAGAAAGAGAUGAGUUUAUUUACAAUGUUGGAGCUUCCAGAAUUUACCUAGUCAAAUCAAAGUCUAAGACCCAUUAUGGGCUCAAACUUGCUGUGUCUGGCCAUAAGAAUGACCUUUCUUGGUCUCUCAGAAACCACACAUAUACAAAGCUGUACUCUGGGAUGAGCACAGCUGUCCUGCAGCAAAGCUCUGAAGCAUGUGUUGACUCUGCUGCCCUGCCCAUUGCUGCCACCUGCCUUGUCCACUCUCAGCUCUCCUCCUCACCCAAGAAUAGCUCCAAGAAUAGGACCUCCUCCCCAGAGUCCUCUCCUAGAAGGAGGAGAGGCAGCAGGUGUUCCAGCAUCCUUUCUGCCUUCCAGACCUGUCCUGGUGUGAGAGGUCAGCUGCACUGCCCAGGGGUGCUAGUUCCGGGUCCACUUCCAGGGAGGGGAUUUUUCCUCCCAUCAGUGUACAGAAUUUGUUCCUUAGAAACUCUGUGAUUCACUGUCUGGGAAAUCAUUAUCCUUCACAUUUAACCUGGAAUCUUAUCAGUUGAAAAGAAGACAAGAAAAACAUUUGCCUUUUUUUUUCUUUCUUUCUUUUUAAAUGACCUCGCGUACACUUUACUAGGGGAAGGUGGCCCAUAUCUCUGCCUGGGAGGCCUCCUGCCCAGGAGAUCCACCUUGGACCUGUCCUAUGCUUUUGCUUUCCCAACUUUAAAAAGUCUGUAACUACAAGUCUUGCUUGCAAAAAAGUGGUGAGUUCUCCUUUUCUCCCUCUGUCCUUCUUUGGAAGUUGAGUGAAGUACACUGCUGAUGCUUUUCAGGGGAGGGAAAGCCUCCCUGGGCCUUUUGAAGUGAGCAGUGUGCUUAUAAAGAAAUAAAAAUAGCACCUAACUGGCUCAGGAAAGAAAGAAUGUGAAGAGGAAAGUGACUCGUGGGUUGCCCUAUUACUACAUUUCCAUGUCCUAAAAGGCUCACAAUAGUGUUUAUAAACCAGGGCAUUUUGUGGUUCAUUUAAGUAUCUCCUAGUUUUGCAGUGAGAAUAAUUAGCACAUGAUUCAGACUGUCUGAUUUUACUGUCUGUUACUAUUUGAUUAAAUGACACUAAAAUCUGAAUAAUGACUUGUGUCCUCUCUCUCUUUCUUUCUC